GGUUACACUAAGGACAUGGCGACAGACUUUGAUGAGAAACACGAUGAGUAUUUAAUAUUGCUCCAGCAGAGGAACCGAAAUCUGUGCAGAUCAGAACGGAAGCUGGCCCGCGGCUCCACAUCGAGCCUCCUCUGGACUAUUCUGAAGAUUGUGAGCCACGUGGGGGUAUGACUCUCAAGGCAGAGGAUGCUUCUGGGGAUCGUCCACAGGAGCUAAGAAAAAGCCCGGAGCUUAGUGUCAACCUACAAAGGAAAGAAGAGGAUGGUUCGAGUGAUGAGUAUGACUCUAUCGAAGAAGAUGUACUCUCUGAGCCGGAGCCUGAGGACCAGGUGCUGGUGGGCCGUCCUAGAGAUGACUCCCCUCUUCCCAGGGGGGACUCCGUGCAGAAGAAUGUUUCCGAGGACCAGGAGACAGAAGGACGCCCUCCCCAGGGCCCAGAUACCCUCGUAGUGCUGGAAUUUAACCCAGCUUCCAAAAGUAAUAAAAAGGAAAGGAAUUUGUCUGCUAAGCGGAAGGACAACGCUGAGGUCUUCAUUCCCAGCAAACCCGAGCCAAACCUGAGCCCCCAGCCCCUGACCGUGUUCCCAGACCAGGAGAGGGCGAGCUCAAGACCUGGAAGCCACCGAGAGAGACCCCUAUCAGCAACACGAAAACUCGUGUGCAAGGCUGAGGACCGAGAGGAGGAUGCCUCAGCCGUGCUCAGAGCCAUCCAGGUGGAGAACGAAGCCCUGCAGAGGGCGAUCCUCAGCAGAAAGGCUGAGCCCCCCGCCAGCCCACCACAGGGCACAGAGAGACCACCAGCAGAGUCAUGGACCGGUCUGCUGAAGGAGGAGACCCCUGAGCUGCCCUCCAUCACCGCGGCAACGAGCACAGCGACCAGCUCGCAGGAGCAGUCCAGGGCAGCAGGGGGAGCCAGAGCCGUCAGUGAAGCCAUUGACAGGAUCGGCCUUCUGGGGAGCAGACACCAGCAGAAGGUUCUGAAAGUCCUCCAGGCCAUCGAAAGUGACUCCACCCACCUCAGCCAGGUUGUUUCACCCACUGAGGAGCAAGUUCUGGACCCAGAGGACAAAUCGGGACCGAAAGCAGAAGAGAUCAAGGAUGCCGUCUACGUGACCAUGGAAAUCCAGUCCAACUGGGGCAGCGCGUCGUGGGUGGGUCUCACGGAAGUGGAAUUCUUCGACCGGAACAACAUAAAGCUUUAUGUGUCGCCUCACGAUGUGGCUGUCCGGAACUCUGACACGCCCGGGGAGCCGGGCCACCUGGUCAGCAGGAACUUAGCUGGCAAGAAAGACCCUUCCUUGUGGACGUGCCCCUUCCACCCGCCGCUCCAGCUCUUUUUUGUUAUCCGCAACACGAGACAGCUGCGUGACUUUGGUCUAACCAAGAUCAAGGUUUGGAAUUACUGCACAGCUGACGGCGAUCUUGACAUUGGAGCCAAAAACGUGAAGCUUUAUGUCAACAAAAAACUCAUCUUUGAUGGCAACUUAGACAAAGGAGGUGACGAGGCCCCACAGAGCAUCCUGGUGGGCCUGCAAAAUGAGAGAAUGGAAAAUAGCGUUGCUGUCCACUCAGAAGAAAGCAAAGGUGCCCACAAGAGGAACAGCACCGAUGGGGACAAGCAGCUCGGUGCCAGUUACUCGCAGCCAGCUGGAGCAACAGAGGAUGUGAAGGCUUCUUCACAAGGACAUUUAUUUGGUGGAAGGAUGAAUUCUCCUGACUGCAUGAAAGACAAUUUGUCCAAGUUAGAGGAAGAGUGCAGCUUUUUAGCCGCACCAUCCUCGCCGGGUGGCAUGCCCAGUGUCCCUCCCCACUCCUCCCCCGCGGAAUGCCCUCCUCCUCUUGACCAGGAGCUCUCACUGAUCCAACAGCUGGAAAACCUUAUGGGCAGAAAAGUCUCUGAGCCUCCAGGGAAAACCCCAUCCUGGUUACAACCUUCUCCCGCAGGGAAAGGCAGGAAGCAGGGAGGCCUGAAGUCAAAACCCCUCUGGCUGAGUCCAGAGAAGCCGCUGGACUGGAGAGGCAGGCUUCCGUCAGAGGAUAUCAUCCGUGAGGGGCCUGGAGAGACCGAGGCUGGAGAUAAAGACCCCAGGCGUGAGCAAGGGCGGACAAGCAGCUGGAAUGUCAUCGCCAGCGAGAGAGCUCAGAGAGCAACCCCCAGAGUCUGCGGUGAUGACUUCGACAUCUUUAACCAACCCUCCCACAGGGAGCACCCUGCUAGUGGGAGGAGGGGCCUGAGGAAGGACGCCCUCAGCAACAGUCAUAGUGAUGGCCAGCCAGACAGCAGAGAAGAUGCCUGGUCCACCCGGACGCCACUGCGGCCCCAGUGGCACAGCAAGCAGGAACACACCUUAUGUGAAUCGUGGAACUCCCUCACCGUCUUUGACCACUCCCACCGGGGUCGCAUCUCCAACGUGGAGUUCCAGGGCGACAUCCUGGAUGAGUUCCUGCAGCAGCAGAAGAGCAGCCGGCCCAGCGACCAGCCGCACCCCUGGAAGGAGGAGAAGCCGGAGCCCAUGAAAGGACAGGAGCACGGCUCCCUAGAGGUGGAUGACGGGGGUGACUUUAAAAUCCCUGUCUUGCCUUAUGGACAGCACUUGGUCGUCGAUAUCAAGUCCACGUGGGGGGACAGGCACUACGUUGGCCUUAACGGGAUAGAAAUAUUCAGUUCCAAGGGAGAGCCGGUUCAAAUUGUGAACAUUCAAGCCGACCCCCCGGACAUCAAUAUCUUACCGGCCUAUGGGAGAGACCCCCGUGUGGUCACCAACCUUAUCGACGGGGUGAAUAGGACCCAAGACGACAUGCAUGUCUGGCUGGCCCCCUUCACGCCGGGCAAGUCCCACUCCAUCUCCAUUGAUUUCGUGCAGCCUUGCCAAGUCGCCCUGAUCAGGAUCUGGAAUUACAAUAAAUCGCGGAUACACUCCUUCCGGGGUGUGAAGGACAUCACGAUGCUGUUAGAUACACAGUGCAUCUUUAAGGGAGAAAUCGCCAAGGCCUCAGGCACCCUGACGGGAGCUCCAGAGCACUUUGGAGACACGAUCUUAUUCACAAUGGAUGAUGACAUUCUUGAGGCCAUCUUCUGUUCUGAUGAGACGUUUGACUUGGACGUGGAGAGCCUGUGCAGCCUGCGGUGUGAGGAGGCGCUGAGGAGGCCCAGCACGGCCGACGGCCUGGGGGAGGAGAGGCCCUACACCCAGGCUGGCUCCUGGGCUGAUGACCGGACCCCUGAACCAGAGCUGCCCCCCAGCCCCCCUGUCCCUGAAGUCACCACGCCAGAGCCGGGCAUCUACCAGGGCAUCUGCCUCCAGCUGAAUUUCACCGCCUCCUGGGGAGACCUGCAUUACCUGGGGCUCACAGGCCUGGAAGUGGUGGGCAAGGACGGCCAGGCACUGCCCAUCAACCUGCACCAGAUCUCUGCCUCCCCCAGAGGCUUAAAUGACCUCCCUGAGUACACCAACGACUCCCGGACCCUGGACAAGUUAAUCGAUGGGGCCAACAUCACGAUGGAGGAUGAGCAUAUGUGGCUGAUCCCCUUCUUGCCGGGGCUGGACCACGUGGUCACGAUCCACUUCGACAGAGCCGAAAGCAUUGCAGGCCUGCGCUUCUGGAACUACAAUAAAUCUCCCGAGGACACCUAUCGAGGGGCUAAAAUCGUCCACGUCUCCCUGGAUGGCCUGUGCGUCUCCCCUCCUGAGGGCUUCCUCAUCCGGAAGGGGCCGGGCAACUGCCACUUCGACUUUGCUCAAGAAAUCCUCUUUGUGGACUACCUGCAACGCUGCCCGCUGCCCCCACCAGCCCAGAGACUGGACACAAAGAGCCUGGAGCGGGCGAGCAUGGACUAUGAGGCGCCCCCGAUGCCCUGUGGCUUCAUUUUCCAGCUUCAGCUCCUGACCAGCUGGGGUGACCCCUAUUACAUCGGUCUUACCGGCCUGGAGCUGUAUGACGAGCAGGGAGAAAAAAUCCCUCUGUCGGAAAACAAUAUCGCCGCCUUCCCCGACAGCGUCAACUCUCUGGAGGGCGUAUGUGGGGACGUCCGGACCCCCGACAAGCUCAUCGACCAAGUGAAUGACACCAGUGACGGCAGACACAUGUGGCUGGCUCCCAUCCUGCCCGGCCUGGUGAACCGGGUUUAUGUGAUUUUCGAUCGGCCUACCACGGUGUCAAUGAUCAAACUGUGGAAUUACGCGAAAACACCCCAUCGAGGGGUGAAGGAGUUUGGCCUCCUGGUGGAUGACUUGCUCGUGUACAAUGGGAUCCUGGCCAUGGUGGGCCACCUGGUCAGGGGCAUCCUGCCCACAUGCGAGCCCACAGUACCCUACCACACCAUCCUCUUCACUGAGGACACGGACAUCUGUCACCAGGAGAAACACACCGCCAUCAGCCUUACGCCCCAAAACCUGCAUCAGCGAGAAGGAGACAGCGAGACGCUGGCGGUGCUGACCACUGAAGGAGGGGGAGCUGGUCCUCUCAGCCGGGGUGGGGCUCCGUUACCCAGCCCCAACUCAGCACCCAUGUCCCCCGCCCUCAGGCCUCCGUGUGGGCCAGCCCAGACCCCAGACCCCAGACCCCAGGAGCUGGAAGGGAGCUGCAGCAUGGAGGGAGCCCGCUGGAGAGAAGGGACUCAAGGGGUGAAUGGCCCUGGGAAAUACAGGAGUUCUGGGCAGGUGGAAGAAGUGGUGUGGUGUGGCCUUCCACUGUCCCCCGUGGUCCUGGGGCCAGCUGCAGGGAGCCUGGGGUCCCCUGGCUCCGUGGCUCUACCGUGAGAUCCAGCAAAGCAGGGCCCGAGUCCGCUGAGGCCUGUCGUGGGAUCCGCGGGCUCGGCCUGACUCCAGGCAGGAAGGUACCAUGGCCAGCCAUGCCAGGGCCUGGAGUAGGGCUGAGCGGGCGAAGGAGGCCAGGCGUCAGACACCAACACCGACAGGCGUAGGGUCCUGCCUUCCGAGGCCCCCGCUGAGGGGCCAGCAGCUCCCACCCCCACCACAUCCCCGCCUCAUCUGGGGGCUGCGGAGCCAGCUGAGCAGGUGGGACCUUCCCCUGGACCUCUGCAGAUGUCUAGCCUGGACUGCUACCACCGCUUCACCCGUCCUGGGUCCCGCCCAGGCCCGGUUAAGAAGGAGGGAUCCCCUGAGGGGAGCCGGUCCUGCAGGGCCUCAGUCCUCUGGUCAAGCCCAAGAAGGGAUCUGCCAAGGGCAUGUGUCCUGCUGAACAACGGAGGGAGCUGAACCCACCGGUGGCCUACAGCCGGCCCCACCCCGGCAUGCGGAGCCUUGUCCCUGCGGUGCUGCCCGGCCCAGAUAGGACAGGUGGGCAGCGUCAUACCCCGGAAGGCCCAGAUGCCGUCUGGAUGCAGGGCCCGGAGCCAGAGGACCGGUGCCACGGCCCCACGCUCGGGCCCCAGAAGCCCCGCCCCCUUCCGCUGGAACUAGCCUGGAGGGGGCGGGGCCCUCACUCCCCGCCUGUCCCUGCCCUCGGUCUGAUCCAGGCUUUUCGCGCGUGCUGUUUCCCUUUCCAUCUGUCCUUCACCCCGUGUCCUGGGCAUCGGGCAGUGAGGUUCUUGUUGCCGGGGGUCCCCACCCCUUCUCCCUCAUCGAGCAGCUUCCCAGCAAGUUGGAAAUAGGCCUUGCACCCCAAGCUGCGUGAAGCCCAAAACGCAUCGAUUUCCACCUGUGUAACAAGCUCGGAUCAGGGACCUAAUUGGUUUCCCAGUGGUGGGUAAUUUCUUGUUCCAAAUAUUAAUCCGUUGUUUUCCUGGCGCCCGGCCCAACCCUGCCGCGUUACUGUACUCUAAGUAGUUCCUAUGCAACCCAAAGCCCCAGCAAAUACUUUAUGAGCUUUGCAGCUUCAGCCGAUCAGCUAUGCAAAUGCGCUUCUCAUUUGGAGCGUGGGGCUGAUGUGAAGAUAAGGAAUUGUUUCUCCCAGAGAAGAUCCAUCAUUUCUGUAGCUUGCAAGCCCCGGGCUGCCCUGCUCACCUCCCAGAUGUGGCCAGUGCCUCCGGGGCCUGGGGGCUCCCAGGAGACCUGACCAGCUUUUAGUGACCAAAACCAGUGCCGUGGGUUUCAAGGGAGCCCAGCCUUCCAUCCCUGCCGAGGCAUGUUUACAGGUCAGACGUGUCCGGGAGAUUGCAGGAACACCGCCCACACUUGCUCCCAGAAUCUCAGUUGAUGUUUAGAAUAAUUGUAUGUACCAUGCAAUUUAGGGGGAGAAAAAGCUGUACAGGUAUUAACUCUAAAAUAACUUUCUAUUUUUUUCUCUUGUAAAAUCAAUAAAAGAUGUUGUUAAGAA